GACCUUUUUCAUUUGUUUGUUUGGCAAUGGUUACGGGAUUGGGAUUUAUUGCUUUUAAACAGAAAGAAUGGGGGCCUUUGCUAGUCUCUAAAGAUGUAAUGCAUAGAUUCUCUCAUUAGUUAUUAUGUCUUGAUGCUGAGUAUGCAAUCUUGUUGAUGCAGCCACAUAAGCAGCAGGACAAGGAGCAACUGGGGAAGUCAGUGCCAAAGCAGAAGCCUCAAACACUGGACUCACUGUUUGCCAAUAUGAAGGAGGAGCGAAUGAGGGUCUUUCCACACAAGAAUAAUGUUGUACUACGAAAUAGUGGUGGCAGUGGUGGCCGGCAAAGACCACCAUGGACAAGACGCCAAUUUGGCAACUAAUUCUGCUUUUGCUGAUAAGGUGGAAUUUCUUGGUGUCAAAGGAUGAGGUGGUGUCCUACAGUUGCAGUGAACCUUUUCAUUUCUUCAAACAUUAGUUGAUGUAAAGCUGGGAGUUGUUAGUUCAGGACCUCUGUUUACAUUUUCUAGUUACUUGUUUUGUGCAAUAAUUGAUUCCAAUUUCCGGUUCAUCUGUAUAGUCUUUUUAUCAGGUGUGGUUGGAUUUUCAACUGGAAUGAUCAAUUAAUUUCAAGUUUCUACAGUCUUCACUUGCAA